UUAAACGGGGGCGAAGAAACGUCUCCCGCGUAUUAUGACUUGUCUUUUUCACAUUGGAAAAUGUGAGAUUUUUUGUUUUCUUUUAUCAUUAUCAGAAGAUUUAAAAAGAUGGCAAGUCUCAGUCAGGAGCUAAAGCGCUGGGCUGUUGAGGAACUUGAGUUGCCAGUAGCCAGACUCCCGGAUGACGGCUAUAUAAAGACGUUGUGUGUUGGUCCUGGAGCUUCCAUUUGGAAGUAUAUCACGCAACAUGUUUAUAAGGAAAGGAACGUUCGAGUCAUGAGGGGGAAUAUUCAGUGGUACAAAGUUUUACAAGAUAAAGAGCUUAAACAGUUGAAAAAUCAGAAUAAAGAUACGAGAAGGCUUGAGCUUCGGAGAGAGAUUGCUGCCCUUCAGACUGAACUCAAUCAACUGUACACAAAGAUCAGUAGAGUGGAGGAUCAAAUUGCUACUGAAGAGCAGAACAUAAACAGGAACUGGGACGACUUUAUGGAUGGCAGGCACAGACAGAUUCUGUUGGAUUCUUUCAGGCAGCGCUGCUCUGAGGAGAGAAACAUACUGUUAGAGGACACACACAUGAUUGGCACCCAACGGCAUACCCUGGAAGAGCUAUCCAAGAAAGCAGAGGAGAAGCUGGUGUUUGGGCCAUCUGACAGUUCAGACAGUGAAGCCGGAGCAGAUCCAUUGGUUUUAAAAGAUGUGAGUGAGCUCUGCAGCGAGAGGGUUCUCUUCUUCCAGUGCCUGCUCGAGAGUGAACUGAAUGUGAAUCCGUCCACUGAAUUUACUCAUGAACAAAGGAAAGCAGUGAUCCAGCACUGGACGAGUGCAGUGGAGAACGUUCUACGCUCUCAUCCUCCAAACCAAGUGCUUUCGGCUCUGCAAGUCUUGACCUCUAGACAGCAGGUGGUGUUAAAGGAGAAGAUUGCAGCUUUGAACGUGGAGCGUGACAUUUCGGAUCUAGGGUUUCGUCAUCAGAGCGAUCACCUAAUAGAUGUGUCGGCUGAUCAGGAGGAGGAGUUAACACCUGUCCGCAGUCUAUUGCAGUCUGCUUGGGAGGAGGUGGAGCAGAGUUAUUUUGAAUUGGCUCAGGUUCACAACAGAUGUGGGAAGCUGGAGACUGAACUCACAACUUUGAUGAGAAAAGCAGAGACGGCACACAGGUCAGAUCCAGUGUCCAGGUGUGUGUUUGAGUUGGAGAUGGAGGGAGUGAAGCAAGCGGCAGUUAGAGACAGCAUCAGAGAGCAGUGUGCUCAGCUACAGCUGCAGGCCAGAGAGGGACUGGAUGCCAUCAGAACCCUGCAGACACAGUGGCAAAGUGUCAUGGACUUCAGACAGCUUGUGGACAGAAGACAAGAGCAGAUACGGCGCCUGAUCAAGGGAAACUCCACUGUGAAGACUGAGUUAACUUGUGUCCAUGCAGAGGUUGGACAGUUUGUUCAAGAGAAGCUUAAUGCUCAGUUUUGCAAUGUGAUUAAAGCCAGCAGUGGACUGCGCAACUCUGUGUCACAAGGGGCCAAGCACUUUAGCUGUGUAGCACUGGCUGCACUGGAUUGCAGGGUCAUGAAGGGCAGAGGGCAGAGACCACCAGCAGCUCAGCUUUCCAUCCACUGGAUACAGUCCCCAGCUUUCCACAAACUCUGUGAAAGUCUCUCAUUUCCCAUGUAUAUGGCUCCAGAAGAGCUGUGGUCUCAGGCUACAACUCUACAGCUGGAGUUAAGAAAUCUGCGCAGACUUCUUCAGCUGUUCUCAGAGUCAUCAGCAGACCUGCAGAAGCUGACAGCACAGCUACCAUCACCUGAUCAGCAGACUUUAGUGCAGCGUGUGAAGAUGGUAGAUGAAGAGAUUCUGCAGACUUUGCUCCCACGGGCCCAUGAGCUCACGCAGAGGUGCUCGAAAGGCCUUCUUUACACAGAACAAGUGAAGACUGCCAUCACACACUGGUGGGAGCAGCCUGGUCAGUUUGCCCUGCCAGAGAUGCAGAGAGAGGGACUGACUUUCCAACAGUGGCUUCAACGAUGGAAACUGGCAACAAAGGAAUCCUGAAUUAGUUUUGCAUUUGAGAGCAAAGUUUAUGUUGGGCAACUUUCUGUGCAUAAUUUGUAUUUCAUUUUCUUUCAACUUACUCUUACUUUACACUCAAAAUAACCUGAGUAGGUUUUCUUAGUUAACUUUUCUGCAACAUAUUCAGUUUGUGUUUGAGGAUGCAUCCUGUUCAAGAAAUAUUUGAUGCACUUUUUCUGGAUUUCUCAAAUAAUUUAAUAGACACUGGAAUAAAGGAGCAGUUGUAUGUCUUUUGUUUUGUGGCAUUUUAAAUCUCCCUACCGAAGGUAGAAGUUAAUAAGAUGCAGAAUACUUGUGCUGUUACCGGUGUUGUUUUUGUGUGUUUAACCUCAGUACCCUCUUGUAGGAGCUUAUGUAAUGUUUAUGUAAUUCUCUUAUGAAUGGUAACAGUGGUGGUACUUCUACUGGGUUAGACCAAACAUUUAUAUGCAAACACAAUUAAAGUAACUUUGUGAUGACUGCCUAUGGGCAUCCAGCUCUUGAUGUAAUUUCAGGUCAUUUCCUGGUUAAGAUAGUGUAUAAUCGGAAUGUUCAGUCCUGUGUGGCCCUAAAAGGCUGUGAUCGAUAACCUGUGUAAAUGUACAGCUGUAUAAGUGUUUUUGAACAGUGAAAUGUCGGGCUGUUUUCAAAGCUAAUAAGGAAACUAACAGACUAUCGUUCAAAAAU